UCUGCUCCCGCUGUCGCUCCUUCCGUGUGAACUUGCUGCGUUUGAUGAGUGAGUUCGCGUCACACAGCCUCUCGCAAUCAAACCUUGUCUCUAUUGUGCAGUUUUUCCCACACACAGCUUUUUGAUAUGGUCACUUCGAAGCUCUUUCAAACCCCUCGCUCUCUUCCUCCCGCCCUCGCUCACCACCACGGUCUCUUCUCGCUGCUUCGAAUCAAUCAACCAUCGUUCACGCACCGCAAACUCCUCCACCACCACCACAACAACCGAGAAGAUGCAGUUCACCAGCGUCCGCUUCAACAGCGCUGGCCUCCGGCACCACUUCUUCGUCCGCGUCCCCGAGAUCGCGUCGACGACCGGCCUGGCAAGCCUCGCCAACGACAUCUUCCACCUGCCCCCCGAGCUCUACGAGAUGUGCAGGCCCCUGCUGCCCACCUUCGAGGCCCGAGCCCUCUGGGCUCUUCUCAUGAUCCGCCGCGGCCGUCUCGACGAAAUGAGGCUCUUCAUUCGAAGCUCGCCGGAGCUGCGGCUCCAUCCCCAGCUCGUCACCGCAAUCUUCGCGACCCCCGCCUUCGCCGGCGAGGUCAUGACGCCGCCGAACCUGGGCCCCGGAAACGGCCUCAUCACCUACGACAACCUCGUCAACGUGUCCCUUCUCGCCGGGAACAUGGCGAGUGCUCAACGCUGGGCGGCUCGACGCAGCCAGGCGGUGGACGCGCACCGUGUGGCGAUUAUGCUGCACGGGACCGCCUUUCGCCUGGCGCUCGACCGCCCAUCUGCGUGGCUGGACUUGUCGCCGUUCACCGCGCAGACGCGGAACCAGUUGACGACGUGGUCGGAUCUCAUCCGGGAUGCCGAGGAGGGAGGGAGGGCCGGGGAGGCCGAGACGCUCAGCAGGCUCCGGGUGGAGCAGGACGAUAUGACACUGCGGCUGCACUGGGCGGCGAUUCUGGAGGUGGUCGGGGGUUUCUUGUAGUGGGAGGGGUGGAUCUUUUGGUCGAGCUUCUUGAUAGAGCUGGCUGUAUCUCCGCGCGAACUUCACGCGUUUGGCUCACCGCAGGUGGCUUCAAUUCUUUCUUUCCAAUCCUUUCAAUUGUAGAGAUGAUGAAGUUGGGCAAGCAUAUCACGUCGUGAGUGAAAGGGGCAAAAGUUUGCUUGGCGGCCAAGACUCCACAUCUCAUAUGCACUUUGGCUGCCGAUAGCCACAGCCAUCCUUUCAACGCGGUAUGAUAAAAGCAUAUUGGCGAAGAGAGGUGAGAAUCCGUCCAGAGA